GAUUCUGAAGGCGGCUAUAUAUUAUAUCAUUUUUGGGAAACGCAAAACGAGCACCGGAAAGGCUCGGCGUCGUCUCCGGCGGAUCUCUCGGAGCUCGCUAUCGGAGUUCGUCGGAGAUCCGAAAUGGAAGGAUCAAACCCAAAUCCGGUAGCAUCCGAUGCCCUCGAGAAGAAGCACGCUUUGAUGCUUGAGCGCCUCGAGAACCUCCGCCAGGCUCGCAAAACCGGAUCCGGAUCUGAAGCCGCCCCGUCCUUCGAAUCCGUGGCCUCAUUUCUCUCCCGAUUCUCCGACGCUAAGCGCUCCAUCGAUGCGGAACUCUUCCGCCUCCGUGCGCUUGAUCCCUCUGCCAAGCCUGACGUGAAGCCUCAGCUAGAAGCCCUCUCCGUCAUGAUCGCCGACCUUGAGCGCCUCGUCGCUGAGAACUCCUACUUCUUGCCCUCCUACGAUGUUCGCUCUUCUCUCAAAUCCAUUUCCGAUUUGAAAGAAUCCCUAGAUGGGCUCUCCGCUAAGCUUGUCCCCAGGAAGAAGUUCUCCUUUAAGAACAAGCCUUUGAAGAAGCCUCAACCUGUUUUGAGUAAAGAGAAAGUGGAAUUUAGGGUUUUGGAUGAGGAAAAAUCGGAUCUUGGUGGCGUCCGGGAGUCCCCUGGGUUUCGGAGUAAAAAAGGCAAUGUUUUGGUGAAACAAUUCAGAGUUUCUGAAGAGGGGGAAGGGGAUUUCAGUCUCAUUGAUUUGGAUUCGUGUGAAGUUUACUUGAAAGGUAGAUUCAGAGCUCUGUUUGUUCAUAGGAUAAAGAACUGCCGCAUUUUUGUUGGUCCUGUUCUUGGGUCUGUCCUCAUUGAAGAUGUGGAGGGAUGUUUGUUCAUGUUGGCUUCUCACCAGAUUAGGAUUCAUCAAGCAAAGAUGACUGAUUUUUAUCUCCGGGUUCGCAGUAGGCCUAUAAUUGAGGAUUGUAGUGUGGUGAGGUUUGCUCCAUAUCAAUUGGUGUAUGAAGGGAUUGAAAAAGAGUUACAGGAGUCUGGACUUGGGGAGGAGACUGAGAAUUGGUCAAAUGUGGAUGAUUUUCGAUGGUUGCGAGCUGUGCAGUCUCCAAAUUGGUGUGUUUUGCCCCAAGAAGAACGAAUUGGAGUAGUGGAAAUUUCUGAUAAGAGAGAACAAUGUCAGGAUAAUUACUUUGUUUCUUCCUGAAAGUUUUGCAUAGCUUGAGAGUUUGAUCAGUUGUUGUGUUCAUUUUUUCCCCUAAAGAAGAACGAAUUGUGAUCAUGGAUAGUUAAUUUGCUCACUCUGGAAAUUUUUGCAUAUGCUUGAGCAUUGAGAACUAGGUAAAUUUUAUCUAGCUUAUCAGUAAUAUCAUCUUCAUAGUUCCGUUUUAUGAAUUUAAAUCUUACUGGUUAUUUUGUUCUUACUUAUCAUAUUGCUGUUUGAAAUUAUCACUUAUGGUGCCCUUGGAAUAUGCUAUAUGAUAUACAUGUAGAAUUUUCCCUAGCUUUUACAUGUUUCUUUCUAUUGAAUGUGAUAAUGUUUAUGCAAAGGAUAUAUUUUUUUAGCAUACACUUCUUCCAAUGGUUAAUUGCUGAAGGAAAUUUUUGAUUGAUGAUCCUGAUUGUCCUCGACAACAAUGUCAUUGUCAACAACUCAACUAAGAACAAUAGAAAUGGUUAGCAUAUUAUGACAUUUCAUCUAAGUUUGCAGUUGCAGUCAUAUUUAUCAAUGACUAUAACUUGCAAGUUUGUGCAGUCCUGUGCUUCUAUUCCUUUAUUGUUGGUAACCACAGGAAUCAUCAACCGUGCAGAGUUUGUAAACUUGUUUCUUCCUGUCCUUAUUAUAUUUUAUCCAGUUGCAAGCUUUAGAAAAAGCAACACAAUUUCUUCUGGCAAAUGAAAAAGAUUAGUAUUUUCGGGUAUUUCAUUUAUGGUUGCAAUCAUAUUUAUCACAAAGUGACGACCGUAACUUGCAUGUUGCGUAGUCCUCUGCUUCUAUUUCUUUAUUAUUAGCAAUCACAGGAAUCAUCAACCCUGCAAGAGUUCAUGCUUUUGUUUCUUCCUGUCCUUGUUAAAUUUUAUCAAGCUGCAAGCUUUAAAAAAAGCAACGCAGUUUCUUUUGGCAAAAGAAAAUAUGUCGUUAAAGUUUGUGGUUGCAAUCAUAUUUAUCAUGAAGUGAAGACCGUAACUUGCAAAGAGUUUAUUAUCAGGUAAUCACAGGAAUCAACAAUGCGGAGUUCAUAGAUAUGUUUCUUUCUGUCAUUGCUAUAUUUUAUCAAGUUGCAAGCUUUAGAAAAGGCAAGGCAGUUUUUUCUGGCAAAUGAAAGAGCUUGAAUUUGGUGCCCAGCAAAUCUUUAACAUGCUUUUUAUACGAAGAUGAUGUUAGCAUAACUGUCAGGAAAAAUCUACAGAAACUAGUAAAAUGGUCAUGAUAAUACAUUGUUCUGUUUGUUGUGAGUUGGUUAUUUAUUUGUUUUAUUUUUCCCUUCAUUUUAACUAGUAAAUAGUCAUGAUAAUGCAUUGCUCUGUGUUUCUAUUUCCCCUUUAAAAUCCAUUCACUUGUGAUGUGAUAUUUUUGGAAUUGGAUUACAAAAUGCGCUUCUAAGAAGACAAAUCCUAGCUGAGCGGACUAUUGAGCGGUACAAUGGAAAUUAAGCACCAUAGCUUUCGAGUUUGUGGUAUGUUAUACUUUACUGAACCUCUUAAGGUAUGUACACAACCUCGCAUGACUAAUGAACAGGAAUGGUGGAAAUUAAGCACCUUCGCUAUCAAGUUUAUGGUACAAUAUACUUGAAAUGCGUUUUCUGAUUGCACUACUGCUUUUCUUCCAAUUUCAAUUUGCCCUCAUUAAUUACAUUGCUGAUAUCAUUGAUGAAAUCUGAGUUUGCACGGCAAACUUUGCAGGACCACAUUGAAAUUGCUUAACCUGUAAAUGGUUUUGAUUAAAUUAUUCUACUGUUAUUAUCAUGCUUGAAAUUGUGAAUAUCAGAUGAUGGCAGCAAUGGGUUUUCCUGACCCUACACUUUAUUUAUUAGUCUUGCGUAUACCAUUAAAUGAUUUUGAAUUUGGUUUUAUGUGCAGUUGAUUUUAGUUCAAAAAUUCAAUUCUUCUUUUGACGAUGAUCACCUGUCAUAUGUUUAAUAUUUAUACUCAAAGUGUGUCAGGCUUGAGGAGCAUUCUGAAGACAGCAUCAUCGCCAUCUACAUCACAAGCAUCAUCUUCCACAUUGUUGCAUUUGAAUAAUAAUGGUGCUUAUUGCGGCCGGAUAGCGCCCUAUAAAGAUGAGCGGCUAGCUGCUAGGGAGGCAGGGACGUGUACGCAUCUCGGCUGCGGCAUGUGGGGCCUGCGCAAACGUGGGUAUAUGGACCAUCCAUAAUUUGUACUCAUAGCUCUCAUACACGUACCCUCACCCCACGGAAUCGAUCCUUCACUGAUUACGGAAUGGGGUGAAUCGAUCCCUCACUGAUUGCGAAAUGACCUCAUGGGAGAUCCGAGCGCCAAUUAACCGGAAGGUCGUUCGUAGGCAUGAGAGAUAACUUUAACAUCAACAUCUUGGACUAUUUUCACAUAGAUUGAUCCCUCCAAAGAAGAAGGAAUCAAUGAAGUCUUUAUAUAUGCCCAUAUCCCUUUUGUUUUCUGUUUCUCUCUGGGGUUUUAUCUCCUCCUCAAAUGGCUACAUCAUGCAAAUUGACUCUUUAGGGCUAAAGAGAUUGCCAUUUUUAAAACAAGCUUCAAACUGUCUCUUAUCUUUUGGCCUUCAUCAAUGGAUAUCACUUUUCUA